AUGAGAUACAUAUCAGAUCUUGAAAGAAAAGUACAGACUUUGCAAACAGAGCGAGAUACAAAUGGCCUGAGUGUUGAAAACAAUGAGCUGAAACUCCGAGUACCAUCAAUGGAGCAACAAGUUCACCUGCAGGAUGGUCAUGAUCUCUUCUCAAAAACGUCGGUUUAG